UCAUAGAAUCCGAAAGGUUUUCAGCUCCUUGAGAUGUGUGCUCCAUCUUCUGCAGGCUGUAGGCCAUUGACCUGCAGGUCUGCACAUUUAUAUCACAUUUAGGGACACUGUAGGAAUUCUUAGAAAAUGGAAAGAAAUCAGCUCCAACUGGAUUUGCUCUCUUCACUCACGGCCAUAAGAAAUAUUUUAAUAUCUUGUUUAAACUGAGAGACAGCUGGAAAUGUGAAAAUAGGAGAAUGGAAAUCACAAUAUGCAUGACCUGGAAAGCACAUGCUCCAAGUGAGAACAGACCUAAGGAUGCAGGUGCCUGUCACACAUUGCAGGGAGAGGACAUGCAGAGCCACUGUGAACUCAGGGGAGGUGCUAGGAAACUUCUCACCCCAGAGUAGAGACAUUAAAAAUGUGACAAGGGAAGAUGGAGAAAAUUUUGAGCACAGCUCUCCCCAGAUUGCUAUUAUCCAGGAGAGAAUACAAUAAAAUUAAGAGGCAGGUAAAAUGUUCCACUGGUGACUCCAUGGUUCCAUGCUCCCCAGUUGAAUUUUGCCACCUUUCUACAGACACUACAAUUGCAGGCCUACAGAGGGAUGAGCUAAGGAUAUCUUUCCUUAAAACCGUGCAGGUUCUUCACAGACAGAGUCUUGCCCUGUUGCCCAGGCUGGAGUACAGUAGUGCAGUGGUGUGAUCAUAGCUCACUGUAACUUUGACCACCUGGGCUCAAGCAAUCCUUCUUCCUCUGCCUCCCCAGUAGCUGGGACUACAGAGCAGGACCCAGGAUGCAAGACCCUAGGCAUCCCCAAGGCCUUCCACUGUCCCCAGGCCUUCCAAAGAGACAGCGGCAGGACCGCACAGUCUACAACUGGAAACAGCAGGAAGUGCUAGAAAAUCACUUUAAGGAGGAACAGUACCCAGACUAUGACACACGACAAGAGCUGGCGGAGAUGCUCAAUCUCGGGGAGUACCAAGUGCAGGUGUGGUUCAAGAAUCGCCGGGCCAAACGCUCUCGGGAGCGGUGGUUCCAGAAGCAGCUCCAGCAGCUCCAGAAGCAUCCUCAGCAGCAGCAUCCUCAGCAGCAGCAUCCUCAACAGCAGCCCCAGCAGCAGCAGCCCCAGCAGCAGCAGCCCCAGCAGCAGCAGCCCCAGCAGCAGCAGCUCCAGCAGCAGCAGCCCCAGUAGCAGCUCUAGCAGCGGCAGCCCCAGUAGCAGCUCUAGCAGCGGCAGCUCCAGCAGCAGCAGCUCCAGCAGCAGCAGCCCCAGCAGCAGCAGCCCCAGCAGUAGCAGCCCCAGCAGUAGCAGCUCCAGUAGCAGCUCCAGCAGCAGCAGCUCCAGCAGCAGCAGCUCCAGUAGCAGCUCCAGUAGCAGCAGCAGCAGCAGCAGCCCCAGCAGCAGCCGCAGCAGCAGCAGCAGCCCCAGUAGCAGCAGCAGCAGCCCCAGUAGCAGCAGCAGCUCCAGCAGCAGCAGCCCCAGUAGCAGCAGCAGCAGCAGCUCCAGUAGCAGCUCCAGCAGCAGCAGCCCCAGCAGCAGCAGCCCCAGCAGUAGCAGCUCCAGUAGCAGCCCCAGCAGCAGCAGCAGCAGCCCCAGCAGCCCCAGUAGCAGCAGCAGCAGCCCCAGUAGCAGCAGCAGCAGCCCCAGCAGCAGCAGCAGCUCCAGCAGCAGCAGCUCCAGCAGCAGCAGCCCCAGUAGCAGCAGCAGCAGCAGCUCCAGUAGCAGCUCCAGCAGCAGCCACCCCAGCAGCAGCCACCCCAGUGCAGCCCUAGGCAGAAGGCCACAGAGCCCACAGAGCUCGCACUGUGCCCCCUUUCCCUGAAGCUGCGGCCUCUGCCCCCCAUCAGCCUGGCCCCUUGGGAAUUCUCCCAGUGGUGGAACCCACGAUCUGCAGCCUCCACCAGGCCUCGAGUAGCUUUGGUGCAGAGCCAGGAGGGCAUUUGGCUGCCCUGGGUCUAGCCCCUGGCCCAAUCCCAGCCCCAUUCCAGGCCCACUUAAAAGCCAAGGCCCAAUCCCAGGUCCAGGCUCCAUCCUAGGCCCUGGCCUGAUUCCAAGCCAGGCUUACUCCCAGGCCCAGGCUUAGUCCUAGCCCCAAUCCCAGGUCCUGGCCCAAUCCCAAACUUAGGAUCACUCCCAGCCCCAGCCCUAGUCCCCUUGUGACCUCAGAGCCCUUAUGCCUCCAAUUUUUUGCCAGAAACAGUCAUUCCCCGACUUCACAGAGCUCCUCCCACCCCUAGACCAGUUCCAGGGAUCCUUGGUCUCCACCACGACAUCUCAGUACCAAGAGGGGGAUAGCUAUAUGGACAAAAAGACUUGGGCCCCAAGUAAUUAAUGGAUUUAUAGGGGGAUUGUGUCUGCAAAGUCCUGCGGAUCCCAGCGGGACCUGGAGUGGCUGAUUGGUCUACACUGCUGGUGAAUGCACCAGCACCAUUUAACCACCCUGCCGCUGGUGGGCAUUUGCUGUCUUCACUGUGUGGCCAUCAUGAUUAGCUCUGCUAUGAAUACAUCUGCCUCUCAUUUGAAGUGAGCCUGAGCAUUUCGCAGCUAGGAUUGGAGUCGCUGCUCAUGGGGAUGUUUGGCAUUAGUGGAUGCUGCUUGAGAGCUUUGUAAAGAGCUUUUCCCAGCACUUCUGAUAGUCAGCACUCUCCCUGACACUUAGGAUUGUGAGACUUUUUAAUGUUUGUGGAUCCAAUGGCUUAUGGCUUCCCUGAUGACUGAGAGGUUGAGAAGUUCUCACAUGUUAAUUGAACCUUAGAAAUCCUCAUAAUGUGUCCAUUUGUUUACCCAUUUUUCUUCAUUUAUUUGAAUGUAUUUUUAUACUCUCUUGAUAAUUAAAGUGCUGCAAACACCCCCC